AGCUGUAUAUCUACUCCACUGUCAGAUCGGAGUGCGUUCAGGGCAAGCGAGAUCCAGAGCACGUAGAUGACGUGACCGGAGACGCAAUUACAUAUAGGACCCCUCUUUAAUUCGGCAGGCUCUCUUUUGUUGUCGCUGCUCAGCCGAGGACAACAUCCAUAGACAACCCUUCACCCUUCAAGACCUGCGUAUCGUUCACAAUGGCUGAACAGCUGUCCAAGAACUUUGAGACGCUGCAAUUGCAUGCUGGCCAUACUCCAGACUCCGCCACGAACUCACGCGCUGUGCCAAUCUACGCGACCACGUCAUUCACUUUCAAUGACUCCGCUCACGGCGCGAGAUUGUUUGGCCUCAAGGAGUCCGGUAACAUUUACAGCCGUAUCGGAAACCCAACUGUUGGUGUAUUCGAACAACGUAUCGCAGCGCUCGAAGGCGGUGCUGCAGCUUUGGCCACCUCGUCUGGCCAGGCAGCGCAGUUCAUUGCUAUCAGCGCCCUCGCGCACGCCGGAGACAACAUCGUUGCUACGACAAAUCUCUACGGAGGCACAUACAACCAGCUGAAGGUCUUCUUCCCUCGAUUUGGCAUUCAGACGAAGUUCGUCAACGGUGACAAGCCAGAAGACUUCAAAGCCGCGAUCGAUGACAAGACCAAGGCCAUCUACCUUGAGUCUAUUGGCAACCCCAGAUACAAUGUACCGGACUUCGAGAAGAUUGUCGCAAUUGCACAUGAAGCCGGCAUCCCGGUCGUCGUGGACAAUACAUUCGGCGCUGGUGGAUACUUCAUUCGGCCCAUCGACCACGGUGCAGAUAUUGUCGUCCACUCGGCGACCAAGUGGAUUGGCGGCCACGGCACAACGAUUGGUGGCGUGAUCGUUGACAGUGGCAAGUUCGAUUGGGCUAAGAACGCAAAGCGCUUUCCCCAGUUCAACGACCCCUCGGAAGGCUAUCACGGCCUGAAGUUUGUGGACACAUUUGGCCCCAUCGCCUACAUCAUCCGCGCCCGUGUCGAGAUCCAGCGUGAUCUGGGUGCAGCUCUUAACCCUUUUGCUGCCCAACAACUACUCAUCGGCAUUGAAACACUCAGCUUGCGCGCGGAGCGCCACGCUUACAACGCGCUCAAGCUCGCAAAGUGGUUAGAAAGCAAUGAAAAUGUGAGCUGGGUAUCGUACCCCGGUUUGGAAAGCCACCAAUCGCACGAGCUUGCAAAGAAGUAUCUGACACGUGGGUUUGGAGGUGUGCUCUCGUUUGGUGUGAAGGGAGGAGGUUCUGCAGGGAGCCAGAUUGUUGACAACUUCAAGCUGAUCUCAAAUCUGGCAAACGUUGGUGAUUCGAAGACGCUAGCGAUUCACCCAUGGACCACCACGCACGAGCAGUUGAACGAUGACGAAAAGGAAGCUUCUGGUGUGACUGAGGACCUUAUCCGCAUCUCAGUCGGCACAGAGCAUAUCGACGACAUUAUUGCAGACUUCGAACAGUCGUUCGAACAGUCAGCCACCAAGCCGGACGAGAAAGGCGUACCUGCCAAUGCAGAGAAGACUGGGGAUACUGAAGUGCCUGCUUCCAUUUCUGGAUCCACCUAAGCUUCUGACUGCUCGAAAUAUGCUCAGAGAGCACGCCUAGAUACCAUGUUUAACCA